AUGCCAGAAUUACACCGCCUUCACCACGCCAGCCCCUCCAUCCGCCUCGUGCCAUCCGCCUUUGCCUCUCUUUGCCUUCUCGCCUCGCUCCAUCCGCCAGCAGCGUCGCCUAAGCGGGUGCUGAUCGCUCCAUCCGCCAGCAGCAUGUCUCUUCCAUCCGCGCGUGUCUCUUCCAUCCGCACGUGUCUCUUCCAUCCGCGCGUGUCUCUUCCAUCCGCGCGUGUCUCUUCCAUCCGCGCGUGUCUCUUCCAUCCGCGCGUGUCUCUUCCAUCCGCGCGUGUCUCUUCCAUCCGCGCGUGUCUCUUCCAUCCGCGCGUGUCUCUUCCAUCCGCGCGUGUCUCUUCCAUCCGCGCGUGUCUCUUCCAUCCGCGCGUGUCUCUUCCAUCCGCGCGUGUCUCGUCCAUCCGCGCGUGUCUCUUCCAUCCGCGCGUGUCUCUUCCAUCCGCGCGUGUCUCUUCCAUCCGCGCGUGUCUCUUCCAUCCGCGCGUGUCUCUUCCAUCCGCUCGUGUCUCUUCCAUCCGCGCAAGUCUCUUCGGCCCACAAAGUCUCUUCGAUCCGCGCAAGUCUCUUCUGUGA